GAUCAUUGGAAGUCCCUUCCUUUGAGAUCACGACAUCCUCCUCUUGAAUAUUAAAAUCAUUGCAACUUCCUGAUAUAGAAUCCAUUCUUUCCCUAUCAGAUUGUAGGACCUUUUCUUUAAAAGACAUAUCGACAUCCUAGUUAUCUACCGUACCAACCUCAUACUCCUCCCUUAACUUAGCCUUUUUCGUUGAUCGAUCCUCUUCCAUAGGCUCACGACCGAUCUCUUUCAACAAAGGUGAAGGAAAAGGUUCAGAAGAAAGGGACAUUUUCAAAGUUUACUCGGUGAAAGUAGAACAAAGACUGCAAACUUUCUUGUUUUCAAAACUCAUGGAUCAACUUCCUACUAAGGGCAUCCUUCAAUCCGAUGCUCUCAAAGAGUACAUCUAUAAAACUAGUGUAUAUCCUAGAGAGCACGGGGAACUCAAAAAUUUACGAGAGGCUACUGUGACCAAGUAUGGACACAGAAGUGUAAUGGCGGUGCCAGUUAAUGAAGGGCUAUUUCUGACGAUGCUUAUGAAAAUAAUGAAUCCGAAGAAGACAAUGGAAAUUGGUGUUUUUACCGGUUAUUCUCUCUUAGCAACCGCACUUGGGUUGCCCGAUGAUGCCCAGGUAACUGCAAUAGAUCCAAAUCAAGAAGCUUAUGAAGUUGGAUUACCGUUCAUUCGAAACGCAGGCGUAGAUCACAAGAUCAAUUUCAUCAAAUCAGAUGCCAAAUCGGUUUUAACCAAAAUGUUGGACGACAAUAAAGGUGUAGAAGAAAUUGAUUUUGCAUUUGUGGAUGCUGAGAAAUACAAGUACAAAGAAUACCAUGAACAAUUGCUGAAGCUAGUGAAGGUUGGAGGAAUAAUUGCAUACGAUAAUACCUUAUUUUUUGGCUUUGUUGCUCAACCACCAAACUACGCCGAAGAAAAUAUGAAAAGAGCAAUAAAUGGCAUAUUGGAACUCAAUGAAUUUCUGGCUAACGAUUCUCGCAUUGAGAUCUCACAAAUUUCUAUCGGGGAUGGUCUCACCUUAUGCAGGCGUCUUAAAUGAGAUUUAAUCAGCUCGCAACUAUAACUAUAAUUAUUCGUAUUAUUAUGUAUGAUCACUAGCAGACUUGUUACUGCUAGAUGUGGUGUUUGUUUUCUUUUUUUUAAUAUAAUAAGAGGAUUUCUAAUAAAAAUCUUUGGAGAAUAUUCUUAAAACGUUCAA